AUGAGAAACGAAAUAGAUGGAACUCCAGAGACAACUACAUGGCUAAAAAAGGUAGAUAAAGAAAAAGGAUACAGGCUAAAAAAGGUAGAUAAAGAAAAAGGAUACAUGAUUCCUUAUCCUUUUCCCUACGACUCAGAUCUGGAUGAAAAAGAAGACAUAGAGCAAGAAAGUGACCACGAGGGCCAAGAUUCUUUGGCGGAUUAUGACUGCGCAGAUGAAGAAUAUUACAAUAUCAUAAACAUGAUGGAAAACUCACUAAAACAGUGUGAGGUAAAUGCUAAACUGAAUGAUCUUUGGAUUAAGGACGAGAAGUUUUGGCAUCAAAGAUCUAGGGUUAAAUGGCUGACUACGGGAGACUCUAAUUCCCGAUUCUUCCACCUAACCACCCUCCAGUGCCGUCAAAGAAAUCGAAUUCUGAGAAUCCAGAAUUUUGAUGGAGCUUGGUUGACUGGAGAGACGAUGAUCCGAAAGGAAUUUGAGGAUCAUUUUCAAAAGCUAUUUACUAGCUCUGGGCCAAGAAAUUGGGGAAACUCUCUCAGUGGUAUUCGAUCUGGAAUUUCAGUGGAGAUUAAUGCUAUCCUACUUGCUCUUGUGACUCUUGAGGAGGUCAAAUGUGCUAUCGACCAAUUGGGUGCCUUGAAGGCGCUGGGACCGGAUGGUUUCCCGGGUUUAUUUUACCAAAAGUAUUGGGGUAUAGUGAAUGAAGUGGUUGUUAAUUCUAGCAGGGACUUCAUGAAGGGAGGAGUGGAUUUACACUCCCUAAACUUGACAAACAUUGUUCUAAAUUUCUAA